UUCCAAGACUCUGUUGAACCUCAUCUUUUUUAACGUUAAAAAAUCUAUAAUGAAAAAAUUCAAGAGGGAGAUGACACAUAAAAGGUCAACCAAUACACAGAGAACGAAGAGUUGAGCCAUUUAACAUGAAUUGGAUAAAUGAGAGUGUCCCACAGGAGUUCAUUCUGUUAGGGUUCUCAGAUCGACCAUGACUAGAGCUUCCACUCUUUGUGAUGUUCCUGUUUUCCUAUAUCUUGACGAUCUUUGGCAAUCUGACAAUAAUACUUGUGUCACAUCUGGAUUUCAAACUCCACACCCCUAUGUACUUUUUUCUUAGCAAUCUCUCACUCCUGGACCUUUGCUAUACCACAAGUACAGUUCCACAAAUGCUGGUAAAUAUAUGCAACACCAGGAAAGUCAUCAGUUAUGGUGGCUGUGUGGCCCAGCUUUUCAUUUUCCUGGCAUUGGGUUCCACUGAAUGUCUUCUCCUGGCCGUCAUGUCCUUUGAUAGGUUUGUAGCGAUUUGUCGGCCUCUCCAUUACUCAGUUCUCAUGCACCAGAGGCUCUGCCUCCAGUUGGCAGCUGCAUCCUGGAUUAGUGGCUUCAGUAAUUCAGUAUUGCAGUCCACCUGGACACUUCAGAUGCCACUGUGCGGUCACAGAGAAGUGGAUCACUUCUUCUGUGAAGUCCCUGCACUGCUCAAGUUGUCCUGUGUUGACACAACAGCAAAUGAGGCGGAACUAUUUUUCAUCAGUGUGCUAUUCCUUUUAAUACCUGUGACACUCGUCCUUAUAUCGUAUGCUUUUAUAGUCCGAGCAGUGUUGAGAAUACAGUCUGCUGAAGGUCGCCAAAAAGCAUUUGGGACAUGUGGCUCCCAUCUAAUUGUGGUGUCACUUUUUUAUGGUACAGCUACCUCCAUGUACCUGCAACCACCUUCACCCAGCUCCAAGGACCGGGGAAAGAUGGUUUCUCUUUUCUAUGGAAUCAUUGCACCCAUGCUGAAUCCCCUUAUAUAUACACUUAGGAACAGAGAGGUAAAGGAAGCCUUUAAAAGGUGCUGCAAGAGUCUUCUUAAUCAAGAGAUAAGAAACAUGCAAAUGACAAGCUUUGCCAAAGACAUAAUGCUUACUUAACUUACUAACUUCUCUGCAAGUUGCUCUAUUUUUGUCAUUACUAUAGAGAACUAUUGUAAGCUCCCUCAAAGAAAAUUUCCUUGACAAACAGCUGUAUUUGUUUCUGUUGCCUAAAUAUUUUCCUGCCAGGGUGUUAAUAAAAAAAUAAGGAAUUCCCAAAUGA